GGAUUAGUUAGUCAGCUUCCAACAACAGCAUGCAGUGAUUUGAGUGGUUGGACUAUGCAUUUAAGGCAUGUAUCUUUGAAAACGAAUAAUAUUUUUAAUCUUUAGUUUGAUCCUGUGUGUCUAAUUAUCCAAUUGUCUCCGCCAUGAGUUCAAAUACACCUCUUUCUGAUCCCUCUCCCUUUUUCCAACAAGUGGAAAUAAAGUUCCUUAAAAGCUACUUAACAGACCUAUAACUGCAAUUUGAUGCGGUGUUCUUGAUCAUUGAUCAGAUAUGCUGGAACAAUGACCGGGACACAUGCAGCUCAUAUUGUUUCCAUAUUCAGUUUGUUAUGUGGCUCCUUUGUUGGCCCUUUGAGGGAAACUUUACUGAUCAGCAGAUUCAGUAUGGUUAGGGGCAGGUGUAGGGGUGGGAUUUAGGGAAGGGGACAAGUAAGGUCCCAAAAAGGCAGUAUCGGUUGCAAGAAGUAUAAGCAGCAUUUAACACUACUUACACUUAAUAGCAUCUGACUACCAUACCAUAACUUACUGCAAAUUGGUAUUAAAGGUAAAAUAACAUAUUUGAUAGUUGUGUAAACCCUGUAAUAGCAUACAGAUAAGAAGUGUGGUAUAGUGAGGUACAAUGGUGCAAAAACGAUAUCAAAACGCAAUAUUUUAGUUGCUCAGAGGUGCUUCUAGUUACCCUAUGCGGCCCCAGAAGUAGAAGUAUUAAUAAUCUCUCAUCUAAUCUGGAUGCCUUACCUAAUAAUGUUCAAAAAGAGGCCCACAACCUAGGUGUAAUUUAUGACUCUGAACUGUCCUUCGAUGCCCAAGUGACUAAAGUGGUGCAUUCAUACUUUGCACAACUAAUGAAGUUAACAAAGGUUAAGCAAUUUCUUUCUUUUGUAGAUUUAGAAAAGGUCAUUCAUGCUUUUAUCUCUUUCAGACUUGAUUAUUGUAAUGCAAUUUAUUCUGGUAUUGGCAGGCAAAACCUCCAAAGACUGCAGCUGAUUCAAAAUGCCACGGCUAGCCUUUUAACACAUACUAAGAAAAGAGGCCACAUUACAUAAAUUCUUGCUGUUCUUCACUGGUUGCCUGUGAGUUUCAGAAUUUAUAUUAUAUUGCUUGUUUUUAAAGCUUUGAAGGGUCAGGCUCUAUAUUUGUGAUUUGUUAACUUCUUAUGAGCCUGAUCGAUGUUUGAUAUCAUCUGGUAGGUCCCUAUUAAUAUUUCCAAUAUCUUGACUUGUCACUGAAGGUGAGCGCCCUUUUGUUGUCCAUGUCCCUAAGUUGUGAAACUUCCUGGCUGGGGAUCUUAAGCAGGCAAGCAAGGUUAGUGCGUAUUGAUGUGGAGCAUCAGCGAGCCAGCAUUCACAGUUUCUUACACUGAAAUGUCUUCUGAAAAUUUGUUGAGCCUGCAAUAGCAUUUGAAGAACUGAAAGUAUUUCCUAUGUCGGCUCCCCAUCAAACAUCAGUAGUCAGCACACCUCUCCCUUUACCCACCCAUUUCUCUCAUGCCCAGCAGUCCUUUUCCCUAAAGAAACGGAGAUGUCCCUUCUCUUCCUCAUCAUCUUCCUCCCUGUCUCCUCCACGGUCAUUAUGUCAUUCUUUACCACCACGACCUCCAUCUAAAGGAUGCCCUCCACUCAGUCGAGUGUUCCACCACCGUCCCACUCCAUGGACGCCCCUGUCACGCUCCCUUAUAGAGUCACCCCCUCCUCGAUCCGUGUACAAUCCAUCCCGACCCCAGACCUUUUUCGACCAGUGCUUUACCAAUCUGGGCCUGAUUGGACGAGGUUCCUUUGGUGAAGUUUUCAAGGUGGUGUGUCUUUUGGAUGGCUGCCAGUAUGCUGUCAAACGUUCAGUGCAGCGUUUCCGUGGUGAGGUUGAACGAGCAAGAAGCAUUGCUGAGGCUUGGAAUCAUGAGGGACUGCACCCACACCCUUACGUGCUUGGCUUCAUUGCGGCUUGGGAGGAGGCUGGUCACCUCUACAUCCAGACUGAACUCUGCUGUACCAGCCUACUGCUAUACGCUGAGGAAUCACCUUUUCACACUGGUGAGACAAGUGCCUGGAUGUACCUGUGUGACAUGCUUUCAGCACUUGACCACUUGCAUGCUCAUGGGUUUGCACACCUGGAUAUCAAACCAGCGAAUAUUUUCAUUACCAAGUCUGGACGGCUCAAACUUGGAGAUUUUGGCUUGUUGAUCAAGCUUCCUACAGAUGUCCGAAAACAAGUGAGAGAGGGAAAGAGAGAAAUGGAGACAGAGAAGGUUGAUUUACAGGAAGGAGACCCCAGAUAUAUGGCCCCUGAACUAUUGAGAGGGGAGUAUGGGACUGCCGCAGACAUUUUUAGUUUGGGUGUUUCUAUCCUGGAGUUGGCCUGUAACAUUGAGGUUCCUAAAGGAGGAGAUGACUGGCAGCAGCUCAGAAUGGGUCACUUACCAGCAGAAUUCACUUAUGCACUUUCAGAAGACAUGCAAUAUUUGCUACGGCUAAUGCUAAACCCAGAGGCCUGCAAAAGAGCCACCACACAACAGCUGCUCUCUCUUCCCUCUGUGUGUAAACGCAAGUGGAGACGACAGCUUUCCCUCUACUUCACUGAGAGCUUUCUAUCCUUAUUCCACUGGUGUCAGUCCCUUCUUACAGCCAGUUGGAAUUUCAUUUCCUCUCUCAAUCUGUUGUUUACCUCUGUUUAUGAGACCUCAUCAACCUGUACCCCUCCAAGAGAGAGGUGGGAGAGAGAUGCAGACAUGAGUAACAUUUACUACGACUCAGAAAGCCCCAUUCCUGAAUUCGUGCUCCCUCCAGACGAUCCUGAACACUCUCCUACAUUCACCCACAGUGUCCAGGAACACGUAUCUGUUGGCAGUACUUCUACGCCACUGCCAGACACACAUAUCAACGACACACGCACAUCAUCGCACCGCAAGUACACGCACUCUCCCUCCAGAAUCUCUUCCAGCAGCAGCUUGAGCCCGAUUCAUCACAGCUCCCAGCACAGUAUCACAGACUCACCCUGCAGUCGAGAGAGAAGCUGGAUCACUGCUGAACUGUCUGUUAAAAGUAACUUUGAGCCCAAGAACUUGCUUAGUCUUUUUGAUGAGGCCACCUAGAAAGCAAGCCUUGAGUUGUGAAUGCAGCACUCUAAUCAAUAUAGUCAAUAUGUAAUUGCUAAUUGCCAUCUGAUUUUUUGUAAGAUGAUAACUUUCCUUUAUGUGGGGACAUAUUUAAAGUCAUUUAAACCUGGUUUGAUUUAUAGUUUUUCUUGUUGUUUUUGUUUGCUUUUUGGCUGGUGCAAGUGUGACUUCAUAUUUUGCCAAGACUUGAGAUGCAUGUAUAUCUUUAAGAGAAAAUUAUAUCCUGUGUAAAUUGUAGCUGUAAGAAUAAACCAACUCAUUCAAUGAUUUGACACAAUUAAAAGGCUGUAUGGAAAAAGCA